AAACGAGUUGAUUAAAUUGAAUGGUAUCUUGGCACGACGUUUUCCUGCUCGUCGCUGUGAUAGGAACGUACUCAGCAGAAGGAGCAGCAUCGUGCACCCUGUGUCCACUGGGCAAGUCAUGUGACAUCUCCGGCAGCCCCAUCUCCUCCUGCAGUCCGGGAGAGUACUCCCUACCAGGGGAGAUGACGUGUAGUGGCUGUCAGGAGGGGAAGAGAUGUGAUGGUGGGGACUAUCCCAUGGAUUGUAAUCCUGGUUUUAUCCCAACAUCUGAUAAAUCCGACUGUGAACAGUGCCCGGCUGGUAAGUCCUGCUACUCUACCAAUAGGUCUGACAUGAAGGACUGUGACAGUGGCACUUACUCCGCGCUAGGAGAACAGCAUUGUACGCCUUGUCCGGCUGGAUACUCCUGUCCUUCCACCUCAGAUCCAACACAAAAUGUUCCCUGUGAAAAGGGUUUCUUUAGUGCCGGAGCUCAAGCUGCUUGUACUCCUUGCACAAACGGAUUCUACUGCCCAGUAACUGUGGCUGUGAUACAACUACCUUGUCCUACUGGUACCUACUCUACCUCUCCUAGUGAGGUGUGUAAGGACUGUCCAGCAGGCUCCAAGUGUCCGGACUCCUCCGCAGAACCUGUCACGUGUUCUGGGACUACCUUCUCUUACUCCAAAUCUACUGUUUGUACUGCUUGUCCUGCAGGGUACCUGUGUGACACUAAGUCCAUCACUCCGUGUGCGGCUGGAAGUUACAGUGCGGAGGGAGAGAGUACCUGUACGGCAUGUCCUGCUGGAAAAUGGUGUCCUAAAGGAAGCAUUGACGUAGAUACAGUGUGUCCACUCGGAUACUUCUGCGUUGAGUCCACCUCCUACCCUGAACCCUGUCCUGCAGGGACAUAUGGAAAGAAUCUGGAAUUGGAGGCGGACACAGAGUGCACAGCAUGUCCUCCGGGUUAUUUCUGUCCUGAAAGAACCAUAGGUUACCCCACAGCUGAACUAGUCUGCCCUGAGGGUUACUACUGCCCUCAGGGCACUGCCCACUACACGGACACCCCCUGUACUGCCGGCACUUAUAACGCUCUCCAGAAACAAGUCUCUGAUAACGCGUGUCUGACUUGUACUGCUGGGUAUUACUGUCCUCAGGCUACUGGCAACAUAGGAAUCAUAUGUCCCCGGGGGCACUACUGCCCGGAGAACAGCGGCACUAAAACUCCCUGUGAAGCCGGCACGUACACUCUUAACAAGGGAGUUGCUGAGAAGUCCUGUAUCUCUUGUCCUGCUGGCCACUUCUGUGAGUCCGGGACGGAUAUUCCCACACCCUGUCCCAAGGGACGAUUCAGAGCGGACCCGGGUGCUAACGGAUUAUCACUCUGUGUGUUGUGUACUGCCGGUAAAGCUUGCACCAAACCCGGCCUCACUGCCCCCGACAAGGACUGUGCUCCAGGAUUCUACUGUCCAUCUGGCACAGAAGAGCCUGACGAUAGAGAGAAAACACCCAUGUGUCCACCGGGUACCUACAGCUUGAAGGGUGGACUGGUUUCCCACGAAGAUUGUUCACCUUGUCCAGCUGGUAAAUACUGCACGGGAGGAACGGAUGAUCCGCGAGAAUGUGCAGCCGGUCAUUGGUGUCCAGCCCGGACAACCAAGGCGGACCAGUAUGCCUGUGAUGAGGGAUAUUUCACUGAGAGAAUGGGUCUCUCGAGUAAAGAUGAGUGUUCAAAGUGUCCUAAGGGAAGAUACUGCACUGGAAGUGAAAGCAACGCAAAUGAUCUCCCUAUGUGUAAUAAGGGAAAGUACUGUCCUCGUCAAACUGCUGCGGGAAAGGAAAAGGGGUGUCCAAAAGGAAGCUACAACGACGAAGAGGGCAAAGAAAGAGUUGAGGAUUGUAAAGAAUGUCCAGUUGGGCAUUAUUGUGACGCUGAAGGUGGAACCAUUGAGCCUGUCAAGUGUCCCAAGAAGUCUUACAACCCUGUCGAGAAUGGAGCCAGCCUGGACUCUUGCCGUACCUGUGAAGCAGGGUACGAGUGUAGCGAGGAGGGCCUCUCUGACAUGACCAUGUGUCAGAAGGGAUACUACUCUGCUGCAGCAGCAGAGAGCUGUUUACAGUGUGAGUCAGGUCACUACUGUUGGUUACCUGGUCUCACUGAGGACAGAAUGAAGGAGGAGUUCUACUGUCCUGCAGGAACACAAUGUCUGGAAGGAAGGACAAUCCCACCAGCACUGCCUGAUGACGCGUGCCCCCAGGGUCACUAUUGUCUCUCCGGUGAUAAGGCGUCUAAGCCAAUAGGUUGCCCUAAAGGAACGUACAGUAAACUAACAGGACUGGUUGAAGUGAGCGAGUGUACUACGUGUCCUCCUGGUUUCUACUGUAACACCGUGGGAACUGUCGAGCCUGUUAAAUGUACGAACGGACACUAUUGUCCAGCUGGAACCGACUCAACGGGAAGACCCUGUCCUAGAGGUUUUUAUCUGAACAACAUGGACUCGGCAGCUGAGAGCUACUCUUCCUGUACCGUCUGUCAGGCUGGUAAAGCUUGCAAUGAACCGGGGAUGAGCGUGGGAAUUGACUGCCAGAGGGGUCACUACUGUCCGACCGGUACAGCUGACCCUGUUCCCUGUCCUCUGGGAACGUUUGGAAACUACACCGGCCUCGUCAAAUCUGCUGACUGUCUGAAGUGCUCCCCUGGUAAAUACUGUGACGGUCCGGGACUAACAGAACCUCGUGGAGACUGUGAUCCUGGUUACUUCUGUAAAAACGGAGCCUACACCUCUGCUCCUCCAGAAGGCUCGAUAACAGGAGGACCUUGUCCAGCUGGAGGGUACUGUCCCAGAGGGUGCACCAUGCCCUUCCACUGCGAGUCAGGCUACUACAGAAAGAGUCCCGGAGCUAAGAGGGCUGAAGACUGCGAUGCUUGUCCUGCCGGCUCAUACUGCGACACAAAGGGAAGCUCGACCCCGACAGGGCCAUGUAAAGCAGGGUACUACUGCACGGGAACCAGCCCAACAGCGAUACAACACGAGGUUGAAGCUGGGCACUACUUUAAAGAGAGGUUGGGCUAA